UCAAUGUACCCGAGUUUUGAGAUCCACACGUGUUUAUAGUGGUUAUAUUUAAAGUCAUUUUUAAUAUAUUGAAAUUAUUGAUAAUAGUAAUAACACAAAACUACUAUUUAAAUGGGUCGUAAAGCUAAAUUUGAUGAAACGAAGAAGGUAAAGAAAGGACCUGGAAGAAAGGCCCGUAAACAACCCGAUCCUGUAUUUAAAAAAGGACUCUUGGACGAUGAUAAAGAAGAAAAAAAGUUAAGUCAUAGACAGAAACAAAGGGCAGCUCGUAGAGUUAAAAAGAAGAAGGAAAUUGUAGAAAAGAAGAAGGCUCUAAAAGAAGCUAAGAAAAAUGUUGCCAAACAACAAGAGAAAAUAAUAGCAGAAGAAUCAGAUCAAUCUUCAGGAGAUGAGAAAGCUCAAGGUUUCACGGACGAUAACAAAGAAUGGUUGAAAUUAAAACCAAAAAAUAAGAAAAAUGUCAAGGAAACAAAAGCUGACAGCGACAGUGAGCCCGAUGAUGUGUCUGAAGAUGAAGAAAUGUCAGAAGAAGAGGAUGAACAAGGUCAGGAGUCUGACGAUGGUGAUGAUGAUCCUAAAGUUGAAAAGAAAUCAGGCAAAGAAUCAUAUAAGGUUGGCAAACUUGAUGACCUAUUUGUAGACACAGAUGAUGAGCAAGAUAAUGAUGAAGAUAAUGAAGAAGAUGACACAAAUGUUUCAAACAAAAUGACUUAUGACUCUGACUCAAGUGAGAAAGACGAUGAUGAUGAGGGUGAUGAUGAUGAUAUGCUGCCUAUAGAAAAAGCAAACAUUAAGUUGAAAAAGAAGCAGAAGUUGGACAAAAAGUUAGCUGAUGAGGAACUACAACUAAAUAUUGCUAAACAGGAUGUAUUUGCAUUUCCAAGUCAAGAGGAAUUAGAUAACCCAACUAGUUUACAAGAUAUCCAUCAGAGAAUAAAAGAUGUUGUCACAGUAUUAGGAGAUUUUAAUCGAUUGAAACAGGAAGGCAAAUCUCGUUGUGAAUAUACAGAAUUGUUAUUGAAAGAUUUAUGUGUGUAUUACAGUUAUAAUGAAUUUCUAAUGGAGGUUUUGAUGCAAAUGUUCCCAGUUCAAGAGUUGGUAGAAUUUCUUGAAGCUAGUGAAGUUGCUCGGCCAUUAACUAUAAGAACUAACAGUCUCAAGACCAGAAGACGUGACUUAGCUCAAGCUCUUAUAAACAGGGGUGUUAAUUUGGACCCAGUAGGAAAGUGGAGUAAAGUAGGGCUGGUGAUUUACAGUUCAACAGUUCCAAUUGGUGCUACACCUGAGUAUUUGGCUGGUCAUUAUAUUUUACAAGGAGCUUCAAGUUUCCUGCCUGUUAUGGCAUUAGCGCCACAAGAAAAUGAGAGGAUUUUAGACAUGUGUGCAGCACCAGGUGGUAAAGCGUCGCACAUUGCUGCCAUUAUGAAAAAUACAGGUUCACUUUUUGCCAAUGAUGCCAACAAGGAUAGGACUAAGGCUGUUGUUGGUAACUUCCAUAGAUUGGGAGUUGUUAACGCAGUUAUCUGUAACUAUGAUGGUCGACAAUUCCCUGAUGUAAUCAAAGGUUUUGACAGGGUUUUACUUGACGCUCCUUGCACAGGUACUGGUGUCAUUGCAAAGGACCCUAGUGUUAAAACAACAAAGGAUCAAAAGGACAUUCAAAGAUGUUUUAAUUUACAAAGACAGUUGUUGCUAGCGGCCAUAGAUUGUUGCAAUGCCAAAUCUAGUACUGGUGGCUACAUUGUAUAUUCAACUUGUUCUAUAUUACCAGAAGAAAAUGAAUGGGUAGUAAAUUACGCAUUGAAAAGACGUAAUGUGAAAUUAGUCCCAACCGGUCUUGACUUCGGUACUGAGGGUUUUGUGAAAUACAGGCAUCACAGAUUCCACCCAUCCCUAAAGUUAACCAAACGAUUCUACCCCCACACACACAACAUGGAUGGUUUUUAUGUAGCGAAAUUAAAGAAAUUCUCUAAUGUCAUUCCUGAAGUUGUCAACGAUGAAGAAGAAGAAGAGGAAGUAAAGGAAGGUGAAGAAGUGCAACAAAAUGGUGAUGCAACACCGAAAGAACAAACGGAGGCAAUGAAAGCACCAGUAAAAAGGCCAGCAGAGACUAAUAAAAUGGAGCCACAGAAUAAGAAAAGCAAACCUGCAGGAGUUGUUAAUAGAGAAAAGGCAACCAAUAAAAAUAAGGAUGUAAAAGAAAACACAAAAGAGACAAAACAAAAUGCAGAUAAAACAGAUGAAAAGGCAAACACUAAAAAUGAAAAGAAAAAACGUAAUAAGAAGAAAAAUAAGAAAACUCCAAUUAGUCAAAGUGAACAGGGUACUCAAAAUACAAAACAACCAAAUGUUGAAAUAAAUGAAAAUAAAAUCAAUGUAAAGGGACCUCAAAUAAAAGUUAAAGAAAAUACAGCCGUGAAGGCCCCGUCAGUUGCAUCGCAAUCGAAAAUAGAGUUAAAUCAAAAGAAAACAGAAGUCAUAAAUAAAACUAAUGACAUUACAGAUAAUCAAAUCAAAUCAAGUCCAGGUAAAAAUAAAAACAAAAACAAAAAGAAGAACAAGCCGGCAUUAAACAAACCCGAAGCGAAUGCUGUCAAUAAAAAUGAAGCAAAGAUAACCGACAAAAUUGAGAUAGCCGCAUCGAAAAAGCUUAAAAAUAAGAAAAAGAAGAAGCAGGUUGGUCAAUUGAAUGAAAAAAAAUCUGGUGGGCCAAAGCCAAGUAAUGGGAGUAUAUCAAACAAGUUUAAUAAAAAUAAGGUUAAGAAAAAUUAAAUUGUUAUAAAUAAUAAUACUAGGACCAUGCUGAAUAAAUGUAUUUUUUAUUUAA